CUUCUCUCUACACUUUUUAUUCUCCCCAUUCAAGAACACCCCUCUUUUUCCAUUGACCGUUUUCAUAUACUCCAAUUCUCUCAGAUCGCUCCUCGAUACAUGACAACGGCCAGUGCGAAAGAAAAGGUCGUUCAGUCAUUUCGCGAGCACACAACAUCCACGACGAUCAACUCUGCCACUCGCGUCGACAGGAAGACCGGAGCGCGCAUUGUGCUAUGGAGAGAUAUCCAAAUCGCGUUUUCAAAUGUUCUGUAUGUUAUGGACGGCAGAGACCUGAUGCCUUUUCUGAAGGAUGACAACUUUGACGAUCUUCUCCCACUGAGGAUCAUUCGUUGCCCAGGUGUUGUUCUGAACGUGGUAACUGCAAGCCCAGGGCACGCCAUUGCUGCGACUUCCGAGCAUGCUGCCGUCGUCACUGCAAAGCAGACCAUCGCCGCAGCAUCGGAGCAAUCCAUCGUCGCAGUAUCAGGCGAGACCAUUGCCGCGGCCUCCGAACAGGCCAUAACUAGCGUACAAGACGUUUGCACUCUGUCUCAGCUAAACAGCCGAGCCAAUGAUCCGACCCCAGUGCUGUCCCAGGCCAUCGCUAGAUACACGCACCCGCGUGGCCAGGAGUCAGCCGACAGUUCUCUAGAUUCGCAGUGCACAUCUAGCCACUCGAUCUCUAUCUCCUCUGUGGAGGCCGUGAAGGGAGGCCAGCUUGUCCGUUCCUCGGCCGAGGCAGCAGAUGGACAACAACUAACUGUACAGCUGUAUGCCCAGCUCUACACGGCAUAUGUCGAGGCAACCAUGUCGGGCCUUACUAUCGAGGCCGACAUCUUCAGGAGUGAGCUCGUCAGACGAUUCGGACCGGUGACAGCACAGAUUGAGUCCCGCAACAUUGUCCAGGUGCAGAUGCUGCAGACCUUGCAGCAGAUCCUCAGCCGCCAGGCCAUUCUCGAGAAUCAAAUGCAGGCAGGAAUAGCACAGGCGUACGAGUUGCACGAGUACCCCAUCUCCCGCAUGUUCGUCGUCCUCCCCAAGCCAAAGCGUCGCAGGAACAAGUUCACCAACCCUCUUACUGCUCAGUUCCGCCUGCUCUUUCUCUGUGAGUGCGGCGCUCAUACGAUGAAGGAGGGAGGAACUAUUCCGCAUGAGAUCCAUCUGGCGAAGCACGAGGGGUACGACAUCGAGAGACCCAACGAGUUCUUCAGGAGGUAUGGGUUGCACGCUUUGACGAUCAUGAAGGUGCUCCAGUAUAGCAUUUAUGUCACUGGGAUGGCCAUUCCGUCCUUGGCAUAUUUCAAGCUCGCAGAAGGACUGGAUUCUAUUCGAAAUGGACUAGGAGGAGAGGCAAGUAACAUUGGGCAUAUUAUCGAAGAUGCGAUCAACUUCAUUCAGAACAGUCAGGAUAACGCUCAUAGUGGAAAUGGCGAGUCGCCCAGCUGGAAUGAGGUUGAGGCGCUGGAAGGAGCGGAUCUACGACAACUCGAGUCGUUUUUGCGCACCAAGAACAAGGACCGUGCUCUCGGCAACCUGUUUCGGACCACCACGUACGAGGGGCACGCCAAGUGGGUCUGCAGCGACCACUACCGGGCGAACUACCAGAGGUCGAAUAUGCUGCGCUUCAAGGAUGUUGUCAUGGCGAACGACGGAGAGUUUAUCGAGGACAUAGGAAGACUUCCUAUCUCUAUUGGAUCUAGCAUCAUCGCGCGGCAGUUCUACGAAGCCCUUACGAAGGCUCGUGGAAUCCAAACCCUGGGAAUCACUCUGAAGUGGAACGCGACCCUCGAAGACUUUCGAGCGCUUGCAAUAGCUAUCAACAAAACCAACAUAGCGAGCUUAGAGAUGGAGGGUUGGUACUGCAAGGUUCCAGCGCUCGAUUUCAUCAACAACGGCCGUCGAUACGACCCUAUCAUGGAGAUGAUGUCUAAUGGACGGAUUUCCUCUUUGAAGCUCAAAGGCUUCGAGGACUUUUACCAACGUAUCAGCGGUUCCUCCAUCGGAAUGGUCUCUCGACUCCAAAGCCUAAAGAUUAACACGGAUUUUGACCCCUCCAACCGGCUAUGCACAUUCACGCUCGCGAGGAUCCUCAAGCAUUCCCCGGUUCUAUCUGAACUGGAGAUCUUUACCUCUCACCUACAUGAUUCCUUUAUCUACUUGAAAUACACCGUGUCCAACCCCAGGAACCUCAAAAAGUGGAUAUUGGAUAGUCCUUGGAGGACGCUAAGAGUAAUGUUCGCUGAGGGAACAAUCCAGGCGGUAGACUUGGAAUUAUGGAGCGCCGCAGGUAUAGAGGAACAGAAGCUGCUUCAGCUGGGUUGUGUCACACACUUAUCCGUACUAUCGCAUGAGACAGACCAGGCAACAGUCAUCGACAUCCUUCGUAACAAUCCAUCGCUAUCGACGCUCGACUUCAAAUGUGACCCUCGCGCCAUACUCCACAUGGAGAGUGCAGUGAUAUCCGUGAGGACGACUAUGCUUUCUCAAGGUCACUCCUGUUCACUCAAAACGGCCAGUUUAAUGAAAGAUCCUAGGGAUGAGCUCGAAUUUACGGUUACGCUAGACUUCCGGGAUAGCUUAGAGUAGCACGGUACUUCCGUCGACGUCAAAUUUUCGAAGGAUCCAGAUGACUCGGAUGGGUUUUUGCUGGAUCUACUUCGCAGCCACGGGAGGUGUUUGAGGAAGGU